UGGGUUAAGACAAGACUGCAGCGGAGCCCAGGCAGCAGCGGCAGCUGCAGGGGUCGGCGUUGGAGUUGGCCGCUGCGGCCAGUGUCUGCGAUGGAGCAGCCGAAGAAGGCAGUGGUGGUGACGGGGGGGCACCAGUGCCAAAGGUCCUGCCUGCCUCACAGAUGGGAGAGAGAGAGAGGGAAGCACCUGGCCAAACACACAACUUUUCUGCCUCUAGGAUUUGGCCCGUUUGGAGAACAUACAGUUAAUGCCAGCUGGAUUGCUGUUCAGGAGCUGGAAAAGCUGGGACUGGGAGACAGCGUGGACCUUCAUGUGUAUGAAAUUCCUGUGGAAUACCAAACAGUCCAAAGGCUCAUACCAGCCCUGUGGGAAAAACACAGUCCUCAGCUGGUCGUCCACGUAGGGGUGUCUGGCAUGGCAACCACAGUUACCUUGGAAAAGUGUGGCCAUAACAGUGGAUACAAAGGGCUGGACAACUGCCUUUUCUGUCCUGGCUCCCACUGCUGUGUAGAGGAUGGGCCCGAAUCCAUCGACUCCAUCAUCGACAUGGACGCCGUCUGCAAGAGAGUGACCACGCUGGGCCUGGAUGUCACAGUGACCAUAUCCCAGGAUGCUGGCAGGUACCUCUGUGAUUUUACUUACUACACCUCCUUAUACCAGAGCCACGGCAGAUCUGCAUUUGUGCAUGUCCCUCCACUAGGAAAACCCUAUAAUGCAGACCAGUUGGGCCGGGCCCUACAAGCCAUCAUCGAAGAAAUGCUGGACGUGUUGGAGCAGUCUGAAGACCAAAUCGACUGCAGCCACCAACACUGAGCAGGAGGGGAUGGGUGGAUUGUCGUGGUGACACUUGGGAGCGGUCCCUUCCUGCUCAGGACUCUAGGUAUGCCGUUCAGCUCUGCCGUAUAGCACAGGCACUAAAAAUGCAAGCACACAGACUUGGCUUUGCUCAGUUUCUCUGAUGCAUUCCCCUCCUCUUACCUUGCACCAGUGAAGUUGAUUCAAGGAAGGGGGCAAAGGUUUCUCUUUCUACUUUCCUUUCAUUUUC